UUUUAUAUUAUUUUAUUACAAAUGGCUUCAUCCGCUGAUCUCUCAGUAAAACAAAACCGGUCUUUUAUGCAAUUUGAUGCAAUGGAAAUGAAAAUAUAUACAUCAGAAGAAGUUAGGAAAAUUAGUGUAAUGGAAAUAACUAAAGCUGAUACUUUUGAUGAGGUAGGAUUUCCUACGCGUGGAGGCCUUUAUGAUCUUCGUCUGGGACCUUCUGAGGGCGUUUGUGAUACAUGUAGAUUGUCUGACAAUCAUUGUCCUGGGCAUUAUGGACAUAUUGAACUUGCAUUGCCUGUCUUUAAUCCACUUUUAUUUAGCUUUAUAAAUAAUAUAAUGAAAGCUACAUGUAUUCAUUGUCAUCGAUUUACAAUUGAUACAAAUUCUAUACCUACAAAAAUUUUGAUUGCAAAACUCAGAGCAAUAGAUUUUGGUUUCUCUGAAAUACUGGAAAGUAUUAGUGGUGAAAUAAAGAAUAGAAUUGCAAAUGGAGAAGCUAUAGGUGAAAAAAUUGAAUUAUUGGGAGAACAAGCAUUUCUUAGAGAAAUUGAUUCAAUCAUUGCAAAAUUAGCAAAUAUAGAUUCUGCCGAUUUUUUAAAUUCAAAAAAUUAUUUUAAUCAAAAUAUUUUGAGAAACGAUUUAAAUGAAAAAGAAAUUUUGAUAAAAACGUUUUUAAAAGAAUUGUUAAAAAGAAAAACUCGAUGUCCGAUAUGUAAAAGACCUAAUGGGUAUUUACGUAAUGAUUUUAAGAGAGCCUUUUUAUUGGAUUUUACUAAACAAGCAAAUGCAGUGAAAGCUGGACGUUCUCUUCCAAAAAUAGAAAACAAAAGUUCACUAACUAAAGGACAUCCACAAUUACCCCAAGUUUCGAUUGAAGAUUUAAGGCCUGAUUUGGGUAUUGGAGGAGGGUUGGAAUUUGAUACAGAUUUUGAUAAAAAGUUUGGUUUAACAACUCCAAAAUCUAAAUCCUCUGAUAUUUCAUUUACAACAUCCUCACUUUGUGAUCAAUUAUUAGAUGCUCAAUUACAACAAAUAAUUAUUGGAAAAUGUGAUAAAUUAGCUUGGAGAGCAUCAGAAGUUAGAGAACAUUUUCGUUUAGUUUGGCAGAGAGAAGGAUUUUUAUUAAAACAUUUAUUUCCUUUAUUUAAUGAAAAAGACGAGGGAUUUUGUUUUGGAAAUUUGCCUUCUAUUGACUCACUUUUUAUUGAAACGGUACUAGUUGAGCCUUCUCGUUUUCGCCCAAUUCGUUAUCUUAAUUCUGAAAAAUUUGAACAUUCUGUUACUUCUAAUUUAAGAAAACUUUUGGAAGCUAGUCAACUUAUUUUACUUAUCAAAAUGUAUAUAAAAACUGAUGGUAAAGAUAGUGGAAUUGCUGCAAAGGAAAUGAUUGAAAGUCGCGUACCAGGAAAAACAAUGAAUGAAAAACUCCAUAAUGCCUAUUUAGAAUUACAAAUGCGUGCAAAUGUAUUGUAUGACAAAGAUGCUAAUAGAUUGGACACAUCUGCUGGACAAGUUGGUUUAAGGCAAACAUUGGAGAAAAAAGAGGGACUUUUUCGGAUGCACAUGAUGGGUAAACGUGUAAAUUAUGCCUGUCGUUCAGUUAUUACUCCAGACCCUUAUUUGGAUAUUGACGAAAUUGGAAUACCUGAAUUAUUUGCAAGAAAGUUAACAUUUCCAGAGGCUUUGAAUGAUAGAAAUAUUUAUACAAUGAAAGAAUUAGUUAAAAGAGGUCCUGAUAAACAUCCGGGAGCAAGUUUCAUUGAGGUAUCUGGAAAGCUUGGAAAGCCACCAAUGAGAUUAAUGUUAAAAUCUGGUCCAACUUUUGACAGAGAUCGAGGCUUCUAUUCUUCUCGACUUCAUGCUGGGAAUACUCAUAGCGUGCAUUCAAUGCCUGACGUUGUAUUACGGAGCCUUCAGAACGGCGAUAGAAUGUUAAUGAAUCGACAGCCAACUUUGCACAAACCUUCAAUAAUGGGUCAUCGAGUUCGUGUUUUACAUUCCCAAAAAGCAUUAAGAAUGAAUUAUGCCCCUUGCAAAGCUUAUAACGCUGACUUCGACGGCGACGAAAUGAAUGGGCAUUUUGUCCAAAAUCGUGUAGCACAAAGUGAGAUUGCUGAAUUAGCCGGUGUUGGGAGUAACUUUUUGGUACCAAAAGAUGGCACUCCAAUCCUCGGACUUAUUCAAGAUCAUGUUGUAUCUGGUGUCUUGAUGACUCUUAGAGGACAGUUCUUCAAUAAAGAAGAUUUUAUGCAUCUUAUUCUCUCUGCAUUUUCUCAAUAUACUGAAUAUUUGUCAAUUCCACCUCCGACAAUUAUUAAACCUCAAAAAUUGUGGAGUGGAAAACAGGUCAUAACAGCAAUUAUACAAAAUUGUUGCCCGUCUGAUAAACCCCAAAUAAAUUUAUCUGGAAAAGCAAAAACUCCCCUUACUUGUUGGAAAGCUAGAGAUCCAUUUACCGGAGAUGAAAUGAAUACGCCUUCUUUUGAAAUGAGUGAAUCUAAUGUUAUUAUACGGACAGGACAACUUCUUUGUGGUGUUUUGGAUAAGGCUCAUUAUGGAACAACACAAUUCGGAUUAAUUCAUUGCGUUUACGAAUUGUAUGGACCCAAAGUUGCUAUAAAAAUGUUGAGUUGUUUUUCAAGAGUAUUUACCACUCAUUUGCAGUUUCAUGGCUUUUCACUUGGCGUUUCUGAUAUUUUGGUAACCAAAAAAGCUGAUGCUCAAAGGAAGUCUUUAAUUGAAGAAUUGAGAUCUUGCGGGAAUUCUGUUGUUCAAAAAGCUUUUUCUUUACCAGAAGAUACUUCAUUUGAUAAAAUUAGAUAUACAUUGGCAUCAACUUAUAACCACCCAAGAGAUCGAGAAAUGGUUAAAAUGGUUGAUUUUUCAAUGAAGCAAGCAAUAAAUAAAUAUGCAGAACAAAUUAAUAGCGCGUGUGUUCCUUCCGGCUUAAUUAAAGAUUUUCCACGAAAUUCACUUCAAUUAAUGAUACAAUCUGGUGCUAAAGGUUCACUAGUCAAUUCCAUUCAAAUAAGUUGUGCACUUGGCCAGAUUGAACUGGAAGGUCAACGACCAGCUCUUUCAAUUACUGGCCGAUCUUUACCUUCAUUUAGAAGUUUUGACCCAUCCCCUAGAGCUGGAGGUUUUGUUGAACAACGUUUUCUAACUGGAAUUAAUCCACAGGAAUUAUUUUUUCACACAAUGGCUGGACGUGAAGGUCUGAUUGACACGGCUGUCAAAACUUCUCGUUCCGGUUAUUUACAACGAUGUAUUAUUAAACAUUUGGAAGGAAUUUCUGUUCGUUAUGACAAUAGUGUGCGGAAUUUUGAUGAUAGUAUUAUUCAGUUCCGCUAUGGAGAAGAUGGUCUUGAUGUUGGACGUUCAACAUUCCUCACUUCAAAACAAUUUCCAUUUCUUGUUGAAAAUAUUGAAGCUAUACAAAAAUUAUUCAUUCCAUCAUUCGAUAAUCCCGAAGAAGAGGAACACACAAAAUGGAAUUUAUCUGAAACUGAGAAACACUACAAAAGGAUAUCUAAAUUUAAACAAAGAAGAAUUCUUGAAUUGCAGGAUAAAAGUCAAAAUGUAGAUAUUGCGAAUAUUUGCAAGAAUAAACGAUUUUCUGCUUUUAAUCAAUUCCAUCAAAGUGUAGAUUCAAAUUAUCUAUUAAAAGAUUCGUUAGUUGCUGAUUGGAAUAAAUUAAACAAAGAAGAAAGAGAGGUUUAUAUUCCAAAAGAUUUGAAGCCACCAGAGCCUGUUGAUGUGGUUUUCCAUCCUGCUACAAAUCUUGGUUCACUUCCAGAAUCUUUUUUAAAUCAAUUAAAUAAUUAUGCUCAAAAAUCUAAAUUAGGCAACAAUCUAAAUUUAUUUAAAAGAUCAAUUUAUUGGAAAGGCCUUCGUGCUUAUGCUGAUCCAGGAGAGUCUGUUGGACUUUUAGCUGCUCAAUCUAUUGGAGAACCAUCAACACAAAUGACUUUAAAUACUUUUCACUUUGCUGGAAGAGGUGAAAUGAACGUUACUUUAGGAAUUCCUAGAUUGAGAGAAAUUUUGAUGACACAGGGGAAAUCAAUUGCUACACCUAUGGCUGAGAUUUGUAUUCGUCCUGAAGUAAAUGAAGAACAAGUUCAGCAACUUAAAUCGGAAUUUAGCCCCAUAACUCUUAGACAUGUUUUGAAAAAUUUUUCUCUUGUUGAAGGAAUUGUGGCUAGAGAGGAUGGACUUUGUUAUCGUCAAUAUAUUGUUCGACUUGAAUUACUUAAAAAUAAAAAACGUGAUCAAAUUGCUCGUCAUUUGCGUAGAAAGAAAAUAAUGCUUGAAAUUGAAAGUCGUUUUGUUCCUUUACUCUCUACACAUUUAAUAAAAAGAGAUAAAGAUGUAUUUGAACAACAACAAAUUCAACAAAGAAAAAUUCGUGGCAACGAUAAUGAUGCUGGUGGAGAACAAGUCGAAACAACCAAGAAAGGACAAGAUGAAUUCUUAGCUAGCGAUGAAGAAGAUGCAAUGGCUGAUUUACAAGGAGAGUUAGAUGCACACGAAGAAAGGUUGAAUAGACGUCAUUUGGAUGGAAUGGCUGAAUAUGAGGGUGAAGAACAGGCAUGUGAUAGAGGAGAUUCUGGUAUUGUUGAUGAAUUUGAUGAUGAACUUAUUGAAGCAGAAGAAGAAAAAGACGAUAGUGAAGCUGAACUCGCUAAUGAUGACGAUAAAGAUGAUAAUGUAGAGGAAGACCCAAAUAAUUUAAAAAAUGAGCAUAAGUUUAUUGUUGACGAGGAAAGGGUUAAUAUGGUAACCAAAGGUUGUGUUAGACAAUAUGUUUAUGAUGUUCGUAAGGAGCGUUGGUGUUCAAUUACUUUUGAGUUACGUCUUCGAAAUAAAUGUGAAAUUGAUGUUCCUGCAUUAGUUGAAAGAGAAAUUGAUAAAUUUAUAGUAACACAAAUUAAUAAAGUUGAAAAAUGUGUUAUUAGAAGUGAAGAACGUAAUGGGAAAAUGAUACAAAUACUUCAAACACAAGGAAUUAAUUUGGAGGCUUUCUACAAUCGAGUACAAUUUUUGGAUGUCAAUACAAUUUAUUCAAACGAUAUUAAUGUUAUGCUAAAUUGUUAUGGUGUAGAGGCUGCAAAUCGAACUAUUGUCAAGGAAAUGAAUAAUGUGUUCGGCGUUUAUGGAAUUGAAGUAAAUCCAAGACAUUUAACAUUAACUGCUGAUUAUAUGACCUUUGGUGGUGAUGUCCAAGCCUUUAAUCGUACUGCAAUGGCUCAUAGCCCCUCGCCUUUACAGAAAAUGACUUAUGAAACUACAAUGGUUUUUAUGCAAAAAGCUAUAGUUUCUGGUCAUUCUGACUCACUUUUUUGUCCUUCAGCUCGUAUAGUUAUGGGUCAAUUAAUUAGAGAGGGUACUGGAUCCUUUGAUUUAUUAACAUCUCCAGAAUAUGCAUUAUAUCGGCCAAACAAAAAAGAAUUUGAAGAAAAUAUUAGACCAAUAUCAGAAACUAGUAAUAGAAUUGAACAAAUGAGAAGAAAAAGGCAUAGAAGAAAAACACAAUUUCACAUAAAAAUGUAA